CAGUUUCUGUGUCCCGUACAGAGAGUUGCUGGUUUAAUUUAUUUUGCUGUUUAAUUUACAAGAACAGGAGCUUCCUCCAUGUCUUGAUCCUUUGAGAUCUGCUGGUGAAUUUCUGUUGGGGAUACUACUUUUGCCUCAUUGAAGUUGCAAAAUUAGCUUCUGCCUGAGGGAUUCUAGUUGGUUUCAGAAGGAGGAAAAUGGCAGAAAGCUCCUUAUUUGCACAGCGGCUACAUGCUAUUACGGAGCGGCGGAGGCUGCAAGAGCGCAUCCUAGCCACCCGGCGGGAACUGGAAGAAGAGAGACUGCGAGUCCAACGCCUCAAGAGGAAAUCCCUGCGCGAACGGUGGUUGAUGGAGGGAACAUCCAUGCCUGCUGAUGACAAGGAUCACAUGUCUUCUCUGUGGGAGGCAGAGUCUCGCGUCCAAGACUUACAACAAGAUCUGUCCAGUCUUCAGUCUCAAAUGCAGGACCUAGAUAAUAUGGAUCUUCCCCAAGGACAGCAGCAGCAGUCUUUGAAGGAAGUGAAGCAAUUGGAUGGCAUUGUGAAGAUUGUUGAGACAUCUUCCUCUUCUCCGGAAAAGGGAAAUACUACUGAGACCAAACUUGAGUUGGCUUCUGUUUCUCCUCAAGAGCCCAUGGAGGCAGCAACCAAAGAAGAACUGGAGAACGGAGAUAUGUCGGGAGAUGGUAUUUCUGACAAUGAAUGCAGCUCUGAAAAAACAGGAGUCAAAAUAAACCCUGUGACUAUAGAAGGUGGGGACUUUCAGCUUCAUCAAGGGAAAAUCGAGGCUGCUCCAACUACGAAGAAUUUGGAUCCUAGCGAAGCCCCUACUGCUCACCAAAGAAAGCUGGCAGUGGAAAAGAUGGUCAUCAGAGAUCAUUUGGGGCAGGAAGUGGGAAGCAUGGAUGCUGUUGGGCAAACACAGAACUUCAUUAGGAAAGAGGAUGAGUUGGGAGACCAUGAUAACAUAGGAAAUGACUGUGAAGAAUGGAGUACUUCAGGUAAUUUUUGCAAUGUGGUGGAUCAAAAGAAAACUGGUUGUGCUACCAAAAACCAUCUGGACUGUGAUCUUGGUAGCCGUGAUGGCCCAGAGGGAGCAUCUCCAACUUCCCAUGAUCAGCAAAACCCUUCCAACCUUCUGCAGGACAGUGCUAACUGCCUUGAUUCCUCCAGGAAGCAGGGAGAUAGUGAGCAGGAGGUAGGCUUGUUGGUCAAGGAGGCAGUUCUGAUGGAAAUGGGGCAGAAAGAAUUACCAGAACAAAAUGCAGAGGAAGCAGAGCCUGCCAGAAAUCUAGCAGUCUGUAAUGUUGCUACAGAAGAAGCAGCAGGGAACCAGGCAAAUCAUACACAGAAGGAAGAGAUGCAAGAAUGCCGUGGAUCAGACACAAUAAUGCUGGAAGGAGCAGAAGAGGGGGAAGAGACCAAACAAUCUGUUUCAGACCAGAUCGCUCCUGGUCAAGAAACAACCAUUCUGAGCCCUUUGGAAGAAGCUAAGCUAGAUCCAGUAAUGACUUCAUCUUCAUCAGAUCAGAUUCCUUCUCUGUCAGAUACUAAAGUAUCCCUUCCAGAACAGAAUCCAUUAUCUUUUCAGGAAACGGAAAUUUUAUUCCUGCAGUCAGAACAGUCGUUAUUACCAAAUCAGAGUCCAUCACUCCUUUUGGACCAAUCUGUUUCAUUGCAAGAAAAUAAGGAUUCUCUUCUAGGUCAAACCCCAUCUCCAUUGCCAGAAUCCUUUGUAGCAUCAAAUCCAUCAUCUCUGCAGGACCAUUUUUCUUCUCCAGAACAGAAAGCAUUCUCAUUACAAGAUGAUACCACUCUUCAAGAAGCUAAAGACUUCUUAUCAGACCAGACCCAAUCAUCCAUACAUGAAGCUAAUGGAAAAAAUCUGGACCAGAUCUCAACUGCUCUUCAAGAAUGUAGUGAUUCUGUAGUAGAUCAAAUACUGUCUACCUCUCCAGACCAGCUCACAUCUCUGCCAGAAAAGAUUUCAUUACAUGAAGGGCAGAGAUCACCCCACAUCUUGCCAGCUGUUCUGGACCAAGAACAGUCUGUGUUGGAGAUGAAAGGUCCCCUUCCAGAUAUUGACCCUUCUGUUAUUAAUCAACUCUCUUCUCUAUGUGAUCAAAUCAUUCCCCUUGAAGAAGCUAAUAAUUCUUCCUUGGGAGAAGUUUCAGUACCUUUGCAAGUCCAAAUGCCAACUGUUACAGAAACUCAAACACCGCUUCUUUCUGAGGGUGAUACAUUUCCUUCAAGCCAGAUCCCAUUAUCUGAGAAUGAAAAGAAGGAGACACCAACAACUGGGCCAGACCAGAUUCCACUUGCCCUCCAGGACCAGAAACCCCCAUUUCUGGAUGGCAAGGAGGUGACAGGAUCUCUAACUGAUCAUUCACCACUUCAGAAUCAGACCCCUUCCUGUCUUAAAGACCAAGCUCAACCAACAGUAGUGGAGCACAUGUCAGUCUCUGUGCAGGACCAAACCUCUUCCCUUAAAGAAACAGAAGAGACUGUUCCAGGAAAGACAUCUCCAAUUCUUGUGAAAAAGACGCCCACACUGUUGGAUCAAACUCCAACCCCUAACAAAGACCAAGGUCCAAUACUACAAGAGACAACUGUCCUUGAUGCUUUGUCAACUGUGAACCAAGAUUCUGCUCAACCCCUUCUGGAUGCAACUGUAAAUUCAGUGAAUCAGGAAUUGAAAGAAGAUAGAGAUGCUAAUUUGGCUUCAGAAGCUGAGAACACUGAGAUCCAAGAAAAUAUUGCUGCUGAGCAACAACCUUUGUUGAAUGAGCUGAAAACCGCAGUAAAACCCCAGGACAUUUCUCUAGGAGAUCAGCAGCAGUCCAAGAGUGGGAUCCAAAAGCACCAGGGUGCCUCAGUCCAGGAGGCCCCAAUUUACAUCACCACUGAUGGCAAUCCUGCCUCGUGCCACCUCCAACCUGCAGCAUCACACCAGGAGGAGGGUCAAGAGCAGGGGCAGAACAGACGCAAGCAGAAGACAUGCCAGUGCUGCUUGGUCAUGUAAGCUUGGCGUCUUUCAGCCAGUUGAGGAGAACAGGUGUCAUUGAUCUGGUCCUAGCAGCAGGCUCUGAAAGUGGUAACAUGCCCUGCUAAUCAUGUAGUGUAAGCAUUUCACACAUUCACGCAUGCACAUGCACCACAUGCAUACAGUACACACUCCGUGGAGGGAUUUGAAGGCAAGUUGCAUCGAUGGGUCCACGGAAGGCUUGCUGCGUCACGAAAGAGAGAGUGUUCAGUGACAGGAUUGUUUCUCUUUAUUGAUUUCUCAUAGCUCUCCACCCAGUUUUCCUGGAGGCAGAAAACGAGGGACACCCUGCUUGGGCAGAUUGUAUCGGCCCACACAUUCUCCUGCAGCAUGCACACUUCUCCCUACACUAGUAGUGUAGACCUGCAUUUUUCUUGGCACUGUCAAAUACUGUAUCACCAUUCCCUCCACUUAUAGUUUAUGUGCCUGCAUGUCAUCCUUGUUGUGCGUGCAUGUACAUCACACAUUUAGAAUGCACAUGCGUGUGCACAAAGGUUAAUAACAUGCAAACGGAGAUAGAGGCAUAUCCAUCUUUUCUUCCUUUGGCUUGCAAGGCAUUUUCCUAUCUUGGAAAACACCUGAGUUGUGUGCCAUUACAAACCUACAGGCUUCCACAACCUUUUCACAGGGCUGGACACAAAGGCUACAAUAUGCAUGCAGAACUCCUGCCAUCCACAUUCUCCGCAUGUGCCUGAACCCCGUCUGCUGAGUUGGCAUGACUCACCAAUCUGGACCCACUCCAGACACUGAGCAAUACCCUCUUCCUCCUGUUCCCACCGCCUGCACCUCUGCUAAGAUGGCCAGCUGGACACAACUAAUCUUGCAGGGCAGUGACACAUACGACACAAGAGGACUUCCUGCCAAUAGGCAGUGCAUUGCAGGGACUUUGGACAAGGCACUAUUGGAACCUUCUCUCCUAAAUGUGGUCUCCAGCGAAGAUCUUGUGUGUGUGGUAGACUCAAUGUUCUGCCUCCCAAAACGGGACUAAGAAACCUUUCCUAGCUCUGACUCUUCCCUUCCUAUAAAAAGCCUGGGUUUGUGUUCCGUCAGGUCACAAGCUCUUCCCUCAACCCUUCAUGUCCUCCUUUUGGUGACUGUUUAUUCUAUGCACUUUGUUUUGAUUUUAGUUAUAUAACUUCUGUUAGGGCCACCACCUAAGCCAGUAAGAGCCUUUUAA